AUGAGGCUAUCUCCCCUAUCCCGUCCGUCGAGGUCACUUUUAACAACAAUUGAAGACGACUGGACUGACAGCGAGGCAAGGAUGGGUGAACAUACGCGCAAGGCUAUUAGUUACCCAUACCCUGUUAAUUACAAUGAUCACUUCGAAACGCCCCUGCUGGCCUACAAAGACUUGCAGCCGCUGAUUGACUGGCUUUGGUCCAGUAGUAUCUGUCGUAAGGUCAAGCAAGGGAGGAACGCCAAGGCGACAGAUAUUUCUAUUUAUGAUCCCUACUAUUGCGAUGGUCGAACGCGCAGUAUUCUAGCCGAGCUUGGAUAUCGCAACGUCCUACACGAGAAGCGCGAUUUUUACAAAGAUGUGAUGCGCAAUACGGUGCCAGAAUACGACCUACUCCUGACGAAUCCACCAUACUCCGAUCAACACAAGACCAAAUGUCUCGAGUACUGCUUUUCCCAACUUAGAGAAAGCAACAAGCCGUUCUGUAUUCUCAUGCCCAAUUACGUGGCAUCACGGCAGUAUUUUCGAAAUUUUUUAAUGAAAGAGGAACCAGAAGAUGUCGUGUAUUUGAUUCCUACCCUUCAAUACCAAUACGAUCAUCCGGAAGGUACCGGAAAGGACAAAAGCCCAUUUGACUCUUUAUGGUUUUGUGGGAUCGGAAGGGAUCGAGCUAAGUCGGCGGUUGAAUUCUGGAAGGGGUUAGGACGAGCAACCUUUUGUCCGAAAAUGGCAGCCUCACUACGAGAACUAGAGGACAUGGGAGCAAUCUCUACUCAGAAACGACCAAAUCCUAAGCAACGGCGGAAAAUCAAACGAAAAUUGCAAGCUGCACUCGGUGAUGGGGCAAUGCACGAUGAGGUGAAACGUGUCAUGGAAAAAACUGAAUCUUCAGAGCAGGGUAAACAGGCUGAUAUGAAAGCCAAGUAUCGAGACGAGGCAGGCAAACGAACGAAAAGGAGGUUUUGA